UUCACAGCAGAGACUUUCCGAUAGAAAUCAGUGUCAUAGACAGAGAAAGCCCUGGAUGGUAAAGUGGCAGUGAGUACGAGGAGAGAGAGAGAAGGAGGAGAGACAAUACAAGGGAGAAGUCAGUGAGUGAGAUUGCAAGAGCAGCGCACGGCGGAGCGCAGAGCAGCGCUGCCGUCAGAGGUCUUUGCUUUGGAAUCUGUCGGACAGCAAAAUUGAUGAUAAAGAUAAGCCUUACAUAUAUAUCAACAUUUUAACAAGUUCUGCUUUCACACGAGAGGGGAAGUAGCUUGUGUUUUCUCUCACACCGCUCACAGGGACUUACUUCUCACAAUCGCACUUUCAUAUUCAAAGUGAUACGGGGACUGUUGAGCUAUGGGGACGGUGAGCGAACUCUGUGCGUCAAGCUUCCAGGCGUUCUUGUGUCCCACAGUUUGUCCGGCUCCUCCAGCAGUACCGGACGACCUGACGCCAGAGGAGAAGCAGGAACUGGAGAAUAUUAGGAGACGAAAACAGGAGCUACUGGAGGACAUACAGCGGCUCAAGGAUGAGAUAACAAAGGUGACGAACGAGAUCGAAAGUCUUGGCUCCACUCAAGAAAGAAUAAACAUGCAGCGGAGUAAACAGAUGGCAAUGGGCCGUAAGAAAUUUAACAUGGAUCCCAAAAAGGGCAUUCAGUUCCUCAUAGAGAAUGAAUUGCUGAAGAACACUUGUGAAGAUAUUGCUCAAUUCCUAUACAAGGGUGAGGGCCUCAACAAGACAGCCAUCGGAGAUUAUCUGGGUGAAAGGGAUGAUUUCAAUAUUCAGGUGCUUCAUGCCUUCGUUGAGCUUCAUGAAUUUACAGACCUCAACCUGGUUCAGGCACUCAGACAGUUUUUAUGGAGUUUCCGGUUACCGGGUGAAGCUCAGAAGAUUGAUCGUAUGAUGGAGGCUUUUGCCCAGCGUUACUGUCAAUGCAAUCCCGGUGUCUUUCAGUCCACAGAUACAUGUUAUGUGCUUUCAUUCGCAAUCAUCAUGUUGAACACAAGUCUGCACAACCCUAAUGUGAAGGACAAGCCGUCUGCAGAGCGAUUCAUAGGCAUGAAUAGAGGCAUCAAUGAUGGAGGAGAUCUGCCAGAAGACCUGCUCAGGAACCUUUACGAGAGCAUUAAGAACGAGCCCUUCAAGAUACCUGAAGACGACGGCAACGACCUCACGCACACGUUCUUUAACCCCGACCGCGAGGGCUGGCUGCUCAAACUGGGUGGACGGGUCAAGACGUGGAAGAGGAGAUGGUUCAUAUUGACGGACAACUGUCUGUAUUAUUUUGAAUACACCACUGAUAAAGAGCCGAGGGGAAUCAUUCCUCUGGAAAAUCUCAGUAUUAGGGAAGUGGAUGACUCCAAGAAGCCGAACUGCUUUGAACUCUUCAUCCCAGACAACAAGGAUCAGGUCAUCAAAGCCUGUAAGACUGAAGCAGAUGGACGCGUUGUGGAAGGAAACCACACGUUCUACCGCAUCUCAGCACCGACGACAGAGGAGAAAGACGAGUGGAUCAAAAGCAUCAAGGCUGCCAUAAGCAGAGAUCCUUUCUAUGAGAUGCUUGCUGCCAGGAAGAAGAAAGCUUCGUCUCUGAAGAGACAGUAGGGCUGCAAAAGGAUGUUUGUACAUGGACCUGGAAAUUAUAAACGGAAGCCAUAACGCUGGAUUGGAGCGAUUUUUAUCUCAGGAAUGACCUGGAAUUUCGAAGGUUAUCAUGCAGUUGGUUUUUCUGGGAAGUAGUGUGACAUUAUAUAAUUGUAAUUCUCAUGAAUGAACAUUGAGUCCUCGCAUCCAUCAUCAUCAUCAUCUCAAAUCAGCAGGUCUGACUGAAUGUGGAUUUCAUUGACCUUUUGUAAGCUUGCUGCAGACACAACCGUUCCCUUUUUGUGCUUUGAUACCUAUAAAAUGCUAAUUGUGCACCUAUUUUUUACACUGCUAUGUACUGUAAAUAUCUGGGAAAGAUUUGGCGUUUUGUUUGAGACUUUCUAACUUUGUUUUUCAAUUUGUUUCUGAUCUGCUGUCAUAUUUAUGUUUUGUUGUUGUUGGCUAGACAUUUUUCACUUUUUGCCAAAGUUUGUCUUUCAGUCCCACUUCAUAUUACAGUGUCAUGAAAACUGAAGCUGACUGCUUUUCUGAUUCAUAAAAUGAAUUCUGUUUUUAAUUUUAAUACUGUUUAAUCUUAAAACAGUGUUUUGUUGAAAAUAGGUGGCCUUGAAAGACUGUGAAAUCCAAAAACAUUUCAGCAAGUUUGGUUAAUAUUUAUGAAAAAUUUAAAAAAAUUAAACUACUGACUUAAGAGUUUAUUUUUACUAUGUUUUGUAUUUUACCACCUCAAAUGUUACUGGUUAAAUUAACACAUACAAAAGCCCCCCCCAAACCACUUUUUUUGCUUUAUAUGCACUGUUGAGAGAAAACUCUUAAAUACUAAUUUAUCAAUGCUGUACAUAUUUAAACAUAUAGGUUGUUUUAUUUUUUAUUGUCAAAAUAUACUUUGUGCAAAAGUAACAGGGUGAAGAAAAGGUUUCGACCUGUUAAGUUUAUUUCACCGUUGCUAUGUAAUCUUGUGCUUAAAAUAAAACUGAAAUGAUUGA